AUGUCAAAAAUAAGGUCAAGCAGAGGAGUGAGUUUGAGGUCAGAUGAAGGCACCGCCAAGCCAACAACUCUCCAAAGAAACAGGAAAAGGGUGAUCACAGUGUUGUGGGUUUUCCGGCUGCCAAAAUCCGGCAGAUUCUCGCCGGAAAGUUUCCUCCGCCGCGUAGGAGCCAAAGUGGCCAAAGUUGUACGCUAUGUGUCAUUGAAAAAGAGGUCAGAGUGUUCAAAAAAGGCCUCCGCCGCUACUAACUUCAACAGAUCCCAUUCGGUGUCGGAUUCCAUGGAAGAAUCUCACAGAGCUGAAGCUGUCAAAGAUUGCAUCCACUUCUUCAAUUCCUCUUCUUCUUCAGCUGUUUGA